AUGUAUCUGUUCAUUUUUUUCUACCUCCUAAUGAGCUUUUUUGAAGAAGUGCAUGGUUUUUGUCCUUCACAAUGCACGUGCGUUUACCAUGGCAGAAGUGAUGGCACUGGAGCAAGGUCUGUGCUCUGUAAUGAUCCUGACAUGUACGAGAUCCCUGUGAAUGUUCCCGUGGAUACUGUAAAACUACGUAUAGAGAAAACUGUCAUACGAAGGAUUCCAACUGAAGCAUUUUACUACCUAGUAGACCUCAAAUACCUGUGGCUAACUUACAACUGCAUAGCAAACAUUGAUAUCAGCAGUUUCUAUAACUUGAAACUACUGCAUGAGCUACGGCUGGAUGGUAAUCUGCUCUCAACUUUUCCUUGGGAAUCACUGGCUGAGAUGUACCUGAGAAACCUCACCUACCUGGACAUAUCCAGCAACAAACUAACCACCUUGCCAUCAGAUUUGAUGGACAUUUGGCCCCCCUUCUCGGAAGCUGUUCUAUCCAAGACCACAGACAUUCUGGUGACCGAGAGGGUAAUUUUGGGUUUGCAGGACAACCCAUGGUUUUGCGACUGUCGCAUUUCAAAGCUAAUUGAGUUUUCCAAAAUUGUGGACAACUCAGUUGUACUUCUGGAUCCAUUGGUUUUGUGUAGUGGACCUGAAAGCCUGGCAGGAAUCUUGUUCCAGAGAGCUGAGUUAGAGCAAUGUCUUAAACCAUCUGUGAUGACAUCAGCAACAAAAAUCACUUCCCCGCUUGGAAGCAACGUUCUGCUACGCUGUGAUGCGACUGGGUACCCGACACCACAACUUACUUGGACUAGGUCAGACAAUAUACCAGUGAACUAUACAGUAAUUCAAGAAACACCUGGAGAGGGUGUCAGAUGGUCCAUAAUAAGUUUGACAGGGAUUUCAUACAAGGAUGCAGGAGAAUACAGAUGUAAAGCCAAGAAUUUGGCAGGAAUGUCAGAAGCUGCUGUUACUGUCACAGUGGUUGGUGUAGUUACUACAACUGUGUCACCACAGAAGUAUGGAAGGAAGCAAGAGGCAGAGAAACAGAAUACCACUCAGGAGGAACCCAAGCAGGAACCUGAGAGGACAACUACACCUCUUCCCACAACUCCAAACACCACAACACUGGUUAGCACUGAAAGGCCAACGAGCACCAGGUUCACUGACAAGAAGCAAUCCAGACCUGUGUUUGAUGGAAGGAAGAAUUCAAAGGCAGUAACAAAUGGAAACAAAAAGCAGACUGGGGAGAUAAACAAGGAAGAUGGUGCUGAGCAAGAUGUUACUGUAAAGGACCUGAGAGUGAUCAGUGAAACUGAUGAAAGAGUGACCUUAACUUGGAAAACUGUCAAUGCCACAAGCAACUCUGCAGUGACUGUGUUAUACUCAAAGUAUGGUGAGAAAGAUAUGUUGCCUCUGAGCACUGAUUCUAGCAAAAACAGAGUCACAAUUGAUGGUUUGCAUCCUAGUACUCAGUAUAUGGCAUGCGUGUCACCUAAAGGAGUGCCACCUACAAAAGAGCAGUGCAUUAUUUUCUCCACUGAUAGUCUAAAUGAUGAAAGCAGCUCUCAGUUUUCUACUCUGAUAUUGGCCAGCAGUGCAGCAUGUGCGGUUUUUUUACCUUUGAUAAUUUUCUUAAUCUACAAAGUUUUAAAACUUCAUUUGAAACCAAGAACUGCAAAGGAAGCUGAACUUGCAAGAGAGACCUAUGUGAAAUUUGAAACACUCUCUCUGAAGCCUCGACCGAUGAAUGCAGGAGAGCAGCUUUGGGCACGAAGGUACACAGAUGAGUCAGAGAGACUCCUCCUUUGUUCAAGGUCAAGCAUGGAUUCUCAAAUGACCUUCAAAAGCGAGGGCUCUAGGUCUGAGUAUCUGUGUUGA